CUUCCAAUGACAAGCUAAAAUAACUCACUGCGCCUAUUCUGAUCUGUGGGAAUCCCUGCGCGUUUUCUGGAUUUAUUUAAAACAUGGGAUUUGAGCUGGAUCGUUUUAAGGGGGCCGUGGACCCAGAUUUUAAAUGCAACUUGUGUAAUAAAGUUUUGGAAGAUCCGCUUACAACUCCGUGUGGUCACGUCUUCUGCGCUGGCUGUGUGUUGCCGUGGGUAGUCCAGCAGAGCAGCUGCCCCGUCAAGUGCCAAAGGAUCUCUACGAAAGAGCUGAACCACGUUCUUCCGCUCAAAAACCUCAUUCUGAAGCUGGACAUAAAGUGUGACAACCAUGCCAGGGGCUGUGAGAAAGUGGUGAAGCUGCAACAUCUCGCGGAGCACGCAGAGAUGUGCGAUUACUCGCCAGCGAAAUGCAGGAAUAAGGGAUGCAACGAAGUGCUGAAUCUGAAGGACAUGGAUGCCCACAUGCGCGAGACUUGCGACUACAGACCGGUUGGGAUUUGCGAAAAUGGAUGUGGAUUGAUGCUCAUCCACAAAGAGCAAAAACUAGACACCCACUGCUGUUUGAAAGCCCUGAAAGCUCACAACAGCGCGCUGCAAACAAAAGUGGUCGGCUUGGAUAAGGAGUUCAAGAAACAGUCUCUGAAAUCGAGUAAACGAGAGAAAUCACUUCUGGCUCAACUCUCCGCAGUUCACAACGAGCUUCAAAUGACAGCGCUGAAGUAUCAAAAGAAAUUCACCGAAUACAGCGCGAGGAUCGACUCGCUCACGAAAACCCUCGCGCCCCCGUGCAAGGGCGGCGAGACAAAAAGCAUCAAGGCCGUCCUCCACCGAGAAUCCGGAUCGCUGGGAUUUAACAUCGUUGGUGGCAGACCAUGUGGGGAAAAUGAAGAUGGCUCCUCCAACGAGGGAAUCUUUGUAUCCAAGAUAGUGGAAAACGGACCAGCAGACAAGGAGGGUGGACUUCAGAUCCAUGACAGGAUAAUGGAGGUCAAUGGGAAGGAUCUAUCCAAGGCCACGCAUGACCAGGCAGUGGAGGCCUUCCGCACGGCCAAGGAGCCCAUUGUGGUUCAGGUGCUCCGCCGGGCGCCCCGUCCCAAGGCCGUGGGCCCGCCCUCGGAAGCCCAGGUGGUGGACAUCAGCACACAGACUGACAUCACCUUCCAGCACAUCAUGGCUCUCACCAAGCUGCCCGCUGCCGCCCCUCCCGUAGACGUGCUGGAGCAGUACCUGCUGCCCGAGGAACACUCCCCUGGGCAUGAAUACUUCGACCCCAGUGAUUUCCUGGAGGGCAUGCAACAGGACAUGGAGAGAGAGGAGCUGGAAUAUGAGGAAGUUGAUUUAUACAGAGCAAACAUACAGGAUAAGCUGGGACUGACAGUGUGUUACAGGACUGACGAUGAGGAUGAGACCGGAAUCUAUGUGAGCGAGAUUGACCCAAACAGCAUUGCUGCAAAAGAUGGUCGAAUCAGAGAGGGAGACCGGAUUAUACAAAUCAAUGGGGUGGAGGUCCAGAACCGUGAAGAGGCGGUGGCCCUUCUGACCAGUGAGGAGAAUAAGAAUGUCUGCCUGCUUGUGGCCCGGCCAGAGAUCCAGGUACAGGAGAAUCAGCUGGAUGAGGGAUGGAUGGAUGAUGACAGGAACGACUUCCUGGAUGACCUACACAUGGACAUGCUGGAGCAGCAGCAUCACCAGGCCAUGCAGUUCACUGCCAGCAUGCUGCAGCAGAAGAAGCACGAAGAAGAUGGCGGCACCACAGACACUGCGACCCUUCUCUCCAAUCACCUGGAGAAGGACAGCGGCGUGGGGCGCACAGACGAGAGCACCCGCAACGACGAGAGCUCGGAGCAGGAGAACCUGGGAGACGACCAGACCACCUCCUCCAACACGCUGGGCAGCCGCAGGAAGCUGACCUACAGCCAGGACACGCUGGGGAGCGGGGACCUGCCCUUCAGCAACGAGUCCUUCAUCUCCGCUGACUACGCCGACGCCGACUUCCUGGGCAUCCCGGCCGACGAGUGCGAGCGCUUCAGGGAGCUGCUGGAGCUCAAGUGCCAGGUGAAGAGCGCCAGCCAGCACGGCCUGUACUGCCCCGGCGCCGGCGCCGACCAGGAGGGCGUGGACAAGGAGCUGGAGCUGCUGAACGAGGAGCUGCGCAGCAUCGAGCUGGAGUGCCUGAACAUCGCACGCGCCCACAGGAUGCAGCAGCUGCGCGAGCUUUACCGCGAGUCCUGGAUGCUGCACAACAGCGGCUUCCGCAACUACAACACCAGCAUCGAUGCGCGCCGCCACGAGCUCUCCGACAUCACCGAGCUGCCCGAGAAGUCGGACAAGGACAGCUCUAGCGCCUACAACACCGGGGAGAGCUGCCGCAGCACCCCGCUCACGCUGGAGCUGUCCCCCGACAACUCCCUCCGCCGGGGGGCCGAGAAUCAGGCGGAGGGGGGCGCCGCCGGCACCGCGGGGCCCAACAGCAGGGUUCCCAAACCCAUGCUGUCCCCGGUCCAGGAGGCGAGCCCCAGCAGAGGCAGGCCUUCCUCGUCCUCCAAGGAGCCCGAGUCAUGCCCGCCGCCGGAGGGGAAAGAGCGUAAAGCCGGCGAGGCUAGCAAGCCCGGGAAGAGCUCCCUGCUGGCCCAACCGCGCUCCCCAUACAAGCACGCCCACAUCCCCGCCCACGCCCAGCACUACCAGAGCUACAUGCAGCUGAUCCAGCAGAAGUCGGCGGUGGAGUACGCCCAGAGCCAGAUGAGCCUGGUGAGCAUGUGCCGCGACCCCGUCACCCCCGGCGACCUGGAGCCCAAGAUGGAGUGGAAGGUGAAGAUCCGCAGCGACGGGACGCGCUACAUCACCAAGCGCCCCGUCCGGGACAAGCUGCUGAAGGAGCGCGCCCUGCGCAUCCGAGAGGAGCGCAGCGGCAUGACCACAGAUGACGACGCUGUCAGCGAGAUGAAGAUGGGCCGCUACUGGAGCAAGGAGGAGCGCAAGCAGCACGUGGUGCGGGCCAAGGAGCAGCGGCAGCGGCGCGAGUUCAUGAAGCAGAGCCGCAUGGAUUGCCUGAAGGAGCAGAGCAGCGCCGAGGACAAGAAGGAGCUCAACAUCAUCGAACUGAGCCACAAAAAGAUGAUGAAAAAGAGGAACAAGAAAAUCUUCGACAACUGGAUGACCAUCCAGGAACUGCUGACCCACGGUUCCAGGUCGCCCGAUGGAACGCGAGUGUACAACUCCCUCCUGUCUGUGACCACAGUGUAGGUGGAGCCCUCAAUGUAAUGUACUGUAAAUAGGACACUACCAGUUGGGGUAGAGAUUCCUGCCUCGUUCAAUGCGGCAAUGUUUUGUAAAUAUGAAACAAGAAGAGCCUUUUCUGAAGGAACUUGAGUCUGCAGGCAAAAAUACGGUUUUUAGAGAGAAUUUUGUGGAUGGACUGUGAAACUUUGCAUUUUGAAGGUGAUAUGGAAAUGUUUUCACAAGCUUUUCAAUAACCUUUCUACCUUUGUAUUCAUUAUUUUGAAUAAUAUGUAAAAAAAAAAAAACUU